UGUAGAAGUUAAUCUUAGAGACAAAAUGAUCAAAAUGACAGUGUUAUUCCAAGCCUUGGUGGUCUGCAUGACAUGCAUCAGUCUGCAAUUUAUUGGCACCGUGAACACGCUCAAGUCCCUUCAAAUCCACGUCCCAAAAGCGGUCCUCACGGGCCGAGACGCCGAACUUAUGUGUACAUACGAGUUGGAAGGGGCGCAAUUGUACUCAAUACGCUGGUACAGGAACAUGAUAGAAUUCUACCGGUACGUGCCAAAGGAGUCGCCCGCUACCAAAGUGUUUCCAGUCGCUGAAAUAAAAGUUGAUGUAGCAGCUUCAGAUCAGAACCGGGUAGUUCUGACGGAGGUGGAUCGAACACUGACCGGGGAGUACCAAUGUGAGGUAUCUGCUGAUGCCCCACUCUUCCACACAGACAUCAAGGCGGCAGAAAUGGUAGUAGUUGAACCGCCGUUACUGAGCCCAAAUGUGACGUCGGACCGGAUGUCAUACAUCGGUGGAGAUCACAUCAGGGCGAACUGUACUUCACCGCCUUCGCUCCCAGCAGCGAAUAUCACGUGGUACGUCAAUGAACAAAUGGUUCCAAGUUUCACUGCAAACCACGUACUUAACUUCAGCAAUGGGUAUGCCUCGAGUCUAUCCACGUUAGAACUAGAGGCCGCUGUCCUCUCUCCUGUACCAACCCUCAUGAUAAGAUGCGAAGCGUCUAUUUUCGACGUAUGGAAAGCGCCGAGCCAUACAAUAGUUCUACGAGAGCGGAGCGCCAACCCAGCCUCCGCGCUAGGCAGGAGUUUCACGGGUGGAGCUACCGAGACCUGCAUACCAACAAUUUUAGUCUUAAUUAUUCAAUUCAUCCUGCAAUUCUUGUUAGAACGCUUCACAGAGACUUCGAUAAGAUAGCUAUCUAGCUACUAAAAGUAGUAACAGUGUUAUAAUGAAGGGUUAAGCAUAAUAACACAACGCUGGGGUGGAAUUAGGCCGGGAGCGAUACGAGGCAAAAACUGCUCAUAUUGUACAGCACACUGGGGCCCCGCGGUGGAAUUGUGCGACAUGUUUCGACAUGUUUCAUCCUAUUCCAACUGAAAAACAGAACUGCAGUAUGCACCUACUGCAAACUAGA